AUGGUGAUGGAUCAUUUCAGACCGCAGGUCAUCCAAGACAAUCCUAUCGGGGCCGGCCUCGACACCUUUCGCGAUUCAUUCAACGCAACCUGUCAAAGACUCGGAAUUUCGCCCUCCACUGAGAUCCUUAGUGAGCUAGAGGAAAGAGAUAUAAAAUACCUCGCGCUUGAUUUAGUUUCCGCCCUACAAAAUCUUCCUGGCCGAGGGUCCUUUUCCGGCGAUCUUUCCAGAUUCUACGCACAGAUCGAUUCUGAACAAUUUGACGCCAAUUCUGUCAUCCCUCUCCUGCGAGAUGUCAUUAACGAAGCCCCGGACGAAAUCCUACUUGCGAAGGCCUACGCCACUCUCACUGAGUCUACCCCACCACCUCGUCCGCAGGCGCAUGUACUUCAAACUCCUUAUACGCACAGCACAAGCAGCAUUGUCAAUUCAUCCGAGCAAAGACAAUAUAUGGAUGACUUGCUAAAAGACGAGAUGGGGCCUCUAUAUAUUGGCAUACCCGGUUUCUACGAAACGUUUUAUGGGAAGAUCCCCGGCUUGGAAGAGAAUGCUGCAGCUGUGUUUAACAAAUGUCAGGAGGGCGAUGUUCCCUUGUAUCGAGAGGACGCAGGCUGGACAGAUUGGCCAAAAGACGCUCAAGAGAAGGUUGUGCUGAAAUGGUUUGCUCAGCGAGUUUACCUGUUCCAGAACUUCGCCAAAAACCUCGUUUCAGCUCCAAAGUCAACACGAGGUCCCUUAAUACGACCAAAUAAAGCCCUGGAAGGCUCGAGAGCUGGUAGGAAGCCAGACGUUGGCUUUGUGGAUGACCUCAAUGCCGACGAAGACGCUGUAUACCAUUGGUCGCAGGUUCUUGUGCCCGGAGAGCUAAAAAGUAAUCCGACAUUUGAUAUGGCCACCAAGACAUGGCUCGACCUAGCGAGAUAUGUUCGAGAGGUGCUGACCGCUCAGGAUAGCCGCCGCUUCGUACUAGGAUUCACUCUCUGCGGCUCAAUCAUGAGGUUAUGA